AGCAGAAAGUUAUUCAUAAAUCAUUUAAGAAUAGAUUCUACAUAAAUAAAGCUUUGUUCGGAACUAAACCAUUUCAAGAAUGGAGGAUUCCCAUAUAACUGAAGCUGCAAAGAAUCCUGUAUCAAAGAAUGAACAGAAGAGAAUCCAUAAGAAGUUAAAUAGAAGGUUGGCUCAAGGAAUAUCUGCUUUAAUAAGAGCCGAAAACAAUAGCAAAGAGGAUUUAAUCAGCAAUGUUCCUACUAAUAAAUUAUUUGUUUUCCAUUUUGGCAAUGGAGAUGAAGAAGAUCAGAGAGUUUUAAUGGAUUAUUCAAAAAAUUAUGGGCCAAUUAACACUAUCUCAUUAUUCCCUGGCCUCAACUUUGGCUUUAUAGAAUAUCCAAAAGUUCAGCAUGCUAAAAUGCUCAUGGAUAACUUAUACAACAAAAAGUUUGUAGAUUUAAAAUUUUAUGACAAGUACCGUACUUGUUGCUUUCAAUAUUCCAAAGUUGAAUAUGAAGACCUGGAUAAGUUUAAAAUUCUAGAAUUUCCUGAUUCUACUUAUGACAUAGACAUAGAAGGGCUUUAUAGUAUUGAUAAUUUUGUGACUGAGCAAGAAUCAGAAGCUAUCAAGAGAUGGCUAGAUGAACAAAAAUGGACUAAGCUUUUAAAUCGAAGAGUUCAGCACUUCGGAUAUGAAUUUGUUUAUGGAGCUAAUAAAAUUAACAAUAUUGAUGGAAUUAGGCAGAUGCCUCAUGAUCAAGAUCAAAUAUUUAAAAAGAUCAACGAUCGACUCAAUAAUGUUCUGAAAGGAUUUUAUUUUAACUCAAAUAAAGAAGCAAUGCGAGUUAAUGAUCAUAACGGAGUGCAAAUUAAUGAUGAAAAAGAUUGUGUUAGCAAAAUGACAACUUAUUUUGAUGAACUUGGAGAAUUUGACCAGCUAACAGUAAAUGAUUAUACACCUGGGCAAGGAAUUCCCCCUCAUAUCGAUGUUCAUUCUGCAUUUGAAGAGAUGUUUGCAUCAUUAUCUCUGAAUAGUGAAACAACUAUGAUAUUUAAAUCGGCUGAAGAAACAAAACAUAUUUCUAUAAAACCUAGAAGUCUGCUAAUAUUUAGUGGGGAGGCUAGGUAUAAAUGGCUGCAUUCCAUCCCCAGCAGAAAGUUUGAUAGGGUUGAUGGACUAAUCAAGAGCAGAAGGAGAAGAAUAUCUCUGACUUAUCGUAAAGUGAGAUCAACCCCUGUCUGAUCAUGAAGAUGGCCAAGGAUGUGUGAUUCACAAAACAAACAAGCCGCUGUUGACGAAAACAAACUUAUUGGAGAGGGAAAAGCAGUUAACUUAGAUUCUAACGUUUCUGAUAUUGAACAAAAGCAUGUAUAUGAUGUAUAUGAAAAGAUUGCUCCUCAUUUUUCAAAGACAAGGUACAAGCCAUGGCCUAAAGUCCAAGAGUUUUUAGAAUCACUACCAGAGGGCUCUAUUAAUUGCGAUGUAGGGUGUGGAAAUGGAAAAUAUUUACAGUGAAAUGGCAAGAAGGUUUUGAGUAUAGGAACAGAUAGGUCAUUUAAUUUGACCUCAAUAGCCAAAGAUAGAAUUGAAGGGAGCCAAGUUUUUGUCUCUGAUGGGUUAAAUCUGGCUUUAAAAGACAAAAUAUUUGAUUCUGUGAUUUCUAUUGCUGUUAUUCAUCAUUUUUCUUCGGAGAAGUUAAGAAUUAAAGCUAUACAAGAGCUAAAGAGAAUUUGUAAAGUUGGAGGAAAAAUCUUGGUCUAUGUAUGGGCUUUAGAGCAAGAAAAAUAAGUUUGCAAGUCAAGAUGUCUUUGUUCCAUGGCAUUUGUAUCAUAAAUACGACAAGGAGCAGAACAGAAAGAGAGAAGUUAAUAUUCAAACAAAUACAGGCUUCAUUGAAACAGCAAUAAAAGAUGAGACCAAGAACGCUACUAUCUAUCAUAGAUACUACCAUGUUUUUAAGAAAGGAGAGUUAGAAGCCCUAAUUAAUAAAAUCCCAGGGCUGAAAAUAGAGCAAAGUUACUAUGAUCAUGCAAAUUGGUGAGUAGUUUUAGAGAAAACAGACCAUUAA